GACACUCUGCCAUCGUAUAGUGAGGCCUGGAAUCUGUGGCCAGUCGGUGAUUGUGUUUAGAGCAGCCUGCCUUCAGUGUCACAGCGAAGAGGUAGUGGAUACAGUGCUGGGAGACGCAGGGAGAGACAGCUAGGUGUGUGCUAAGUGUACAUUGGAAUACACUAUAUAUAUAUUUGUAACUAGAACCACUGUAUAUCCUGUGUCCACAACCCCCAGAGCCUGUUCUCAGGCUGCCUGAUUGACUGAAUGAUGACAAACACAAACAGGAAUCAGAUUACGGAGAGGUUUCUGGAUCUAACCCUGGAGGUCAACUACCUGCUGACUGGAGAGAAUUAUAUUGUUGUGAAGAGGCCUGCUGAGUCCAUACUACAGAGCAACAGCCCCUGUGUGUUGGAUGGAUCGAACAGGACCCAGAGCCCUAUCACUGUGCCUCCACCUCACUCACUGAUACAUGAUGGAAACAACGAGCAGAAGAUCAUGAAACUGACCAAUAAGAUCAUCCACCUGCUGACUGGAGAGGUGUGGAAGUAUUUAGAAGGACACAAGGAACCUUACAAUGACUUAAUGAUGGACACUCACCAGCCUCUCAGCUCACUGGCAGAUGGCUCUCUAAACUCAAGUGAAACCGAUGAUUUACCCAUCCAUGUCCCAUCAGCAAAUUGUGUGACUGUAGGUGAAGUUUCAGUUAUUCAUGGAGAAAAUUCUGUGACAUUUAAUGAACUAAGUAAGACACCCAGCAAAUCUGUUGGACCAGAAAUAUCUUUAUAUGAAGAAAGAAAUCUACCAAUUGUAGAAAUUUACUCACUGAAAGAAUGUUCACAAACCAAAUCGCCAUCAGCUUUUAAUGUUGAGGAACCAGUCCCACGAGAAGACAUAAAUCUCACAGACACUGACAUUAUUACACCCACAAAACAGACACAGUAUCCAUCUACUCAUAUUAAGGAGGAUCCAGCCUUGUGUGAAGAAGGGAAUCUCAUAGACACUGACAUUAUUACACACACAGAACAGACAGAAUAUCCAUCUAUUCAUAUUAAGGAGGAACCAACCUCAUGUGACGAAACUCUCACAGACACUGACAUUAUUAGACCAACAGUACAAACAGAAUAUCCAUCUAUUCAUAUUAAGGAGGAACCAGCCUCAUGUGAUGAGGAAAAUCUCACAGAGACAGACAUUCAUACAAACAUAACACACAAACAAUAUCCAUCUACUUAUAUUAAAGAGGAAUCACCCUGGUGUGAAGAAGGAUAUCUCACAGACAAUGAUAUUUAUACAAGCACAGAACAGACACAGACAGAAUGUGAAUCUACUCAUAUUACAGAGGAUUCAGCCUCUUGUGAAGAAGGGAAUUUCACAGACACGGACAUUUAUACAAACACAGAGCAUAUACAGACAGAAUGUCCAUCUACUCCUAUUACGGAGGAUUCAGCUUCGUGUGAAGAAGUCGAUAUCAGUGAUCUGGACAUUCAAACCCUUCCGUGUGAUCCUAUGAUAGAAUAUGAAAGGAAUACCAAUAGCUCUGAUAGUCACGAAGUGUCACUCACCAAUUUAAAUCAAAUGAAAGCAACUUGUUCAGAAUGUGAGGAAAACAUCACCUGUAAAACAAAUCUAAUUGGACAUCAGGGUUUUGAGUCAAAAUCACAUGUUACCGAAUUUCACAAGACUUGCCAAGGAGCUGAAUCACAUCCUCUUAUUAAACAAGAGAAACAGGAGACAAAAUCUCAUCCCAGAUGUCGUCUCGUUCACAGUGGAGAAAAGCAUAAACGAAAACAUUCUUGUUCUGAAUGUGAGAAAUGCUUUAAGUGUAUUUCCACUCUUAAGCUUCAUUUGAGGAGCCACACAGGAGAGAAACCAUUUUCAUGUUCGGAAUGUGGCAAAUGUUUAAGUCAGAAAAAAUCGCCUAUUGCUCAGGAAUGGAUUCAAAGUGAAAAGAAACCUUUCGCCUGCUCUGAGUGUGGGAAAUGUUUCAGUCAGAGUGGCAGCUUUAAUAGACAUCUCAGGAUUCACACCGGACUUAAACCAUUCUCAUGUUCUGAAUGUGGGAAAUCUUUCAGUCAGAAAAGCAACCUUGAUAGACAUGCGAUGAUACACACAGGACUUAAACCAUUUUCAUGUACUGAAUGUGGGAAAUCUUUCAGCCAGAAAGGCCAUUUUAAUACUCACCUAAGAGUUCACAAUGGAAAUAAACCUGAAAUGAAGAAACUAUAAUCUCCCAACGGAGUGUAAAAAUAAAUAAAACAUAACGCUCAUUAAAUUAAAUAAUCCCAGACCAAUGUUCCUCAAUACAUUCAGGUUGUGUUUUAUAUAAAACACCGAUUUUAUACAUUUCCCAGCAUUAAAGAGUAAAGUCAAUA